GCAGCACAUUUUUUCUUAUUUCGUUUACUUUUCCCCUCCCAUUUUUUGAAACGAUUUCUACCUGAACAUUUUAAAGAACCUAACCAUUCCUUUUCGUUCAGUUCGUGGAGAAUCAAAGAAACAAAUUUAGUGUUAAAAAAAAAGUUAAUUCAAUUAAAUUAAACGUUAAAAGGUAAAAAUCCGAUCAAAACAAACUUGGAGUUAUGGAUUUAAACGAAAAUUGGAGAACCGAUAACUUUUAUAACAAUAAAUCCGAAUUACAGCGAUUUUACGAUAACACAAAUGUUUUUUUAACGGGAGGAACUGGAUUUUUGGGAAAAUUACUCAUUGAAAAACUAUUAAGAUGCACGGAAGUGUCAACGAUCUACAUGUUAAUACGCGAAAAAAGGGGAAAAACCACUCAGGAAAGACUCGAUAGAUAUUUCAAUGACGUCGUUUUUGACCGAUUAAAAAGUGUCAAAUCAAAGUUUAAAAAUAAGAUAAUACCCGUACAAGGCGAUUGCACCUUAGCCGGACUUGGUUUAUCCUUGAAUGACCGAAACAUGCUAAUUAACAACAUCAACAUCGUAUUUCACGUAGCCGCUACGGUUAAUUUCGACGAAAAAUUACGCCUAGCCUAUUCGAUUAACGUAAAAGGAACCGAAUCGGUCCUAAAUUUAUCAAAACAAGCCGAAAAUUUAAAGUCUUUCAUUUAUGUAUCAACGGCUUAUUCGAACUGUCAUCUAUCGAAAAUCGACGAAACUUUUUACGAUGUCAUUAACUACAAAGACGUUGAGUUACUUUUGGAGAAAAUCGACGACGAACAAGUACAAUUAUGCACGGAAAAAAUUUUGGGAAAGUGGCCCAAUACUUACACAUUUACAAAAGCUUUGGCUGAAUCGCUGAUUCGCGAUCAAGGAAAUGGGAUUUCCGUGGGGAUUUUUCGCCCUGCAAUUGUUACAUCAACUUAUAAGGAGCCGCUUAAAGGUUGGGUCGAUAACUUAUACGGCCCAACGGGGGCUUGUACUGGUGCGGCGAGUGGUGUUUUGCGCGUUAUGCAAUGCGUGCAAGAAAAUUCGGCCAAUAUAGUCCCAGCCGAUCUUUGCGUUUCCGCCUUAAUCGCCUCCGCUUGGGAUACGAACCAAAUUAACUCGGCUAAAACACAUUUAAACAUCCCCAUUUACAACUAUGUGUCGGUCGUUGAUAACCCCAUAACUUGGGAGGAGUAUUAUACGAUAAAUAAGAUGUACGGGGAGAUUUACCCCCUUUCGAACGCUUUGUGGUGCAUCAAAUUUAUGUUGACGAGUAAUCGGAGCGUUUAUAAUCUAAUGAAGGUGUUGUAUCAUUACAUCCCGGGAGUUUCUUUGGAUUUUUUGGGACUAUUUUUAGGGAAAAAGCCGAGUUUCUGCAAACUUUACAACAAAGUGCACAAAUUUUCCGAUGUCGUGACUUAUUUUGCCAUUUCCGAUUUAAAAUUUACCAACAACAACGUUAACAAGCUUUGGGGGAAAUUAUCCGAGGAGGAUCAAAAAGUUUUCUCGUUCAACAUCGCAAAUCUAAAUUGGAUCGAUUAUUUAAAAACGUACAUUUUGGGGAUACGGUUAUAUUUGCUUAAAGACCCCAUUGAAACGAUCCCCCAAGCUCGACAACGCCAAACUAUCCUAAAAUUGUUGCAUGUUUUAAUGAAAAUGACGUUUUGGGUCUUCUCCAUCAACUUUUUAUCGAACUUUUUAAUAAAUAGCGUUAAAAAAGGUUUAAUUAAUUAGAUUUAUUGGUAUAAUCGUAUUUGUAAAUAAAUAUUAUAACUUAUCUAAAAUAACUUUAGCUAAUUGCGCUUUAUUCCCCAAAAACGAAUUGUUCCUGUAAGUAAAUGUUGCUUAUUUUAUCUACAAAAGUACUUCUUUAUGCGACUUAUGGACUAUUAGAGAUAUCUUUAUUCUCCAAAUCCUGUAAAAUUAGAAUAAAAGGUGUUAUAAUUUGUUGUUAAAUUAAAAGCUGUCAAUGAAUGUUAAAAAGAAAGAAUUUAGGUUGGUAAAACUUAAAUCUGCCAUUUUGGCUCAAACAUUUUAA